CUCGCAGCGCUUCUGCUUCACCAACAGCUAACGGUGGCUAGCAAGCUGUCAAGCUGUCAAGUGGAGAGGCUGGGACAGACGUUUCAGCUUCCCCCUGACUUGGCUUUAUAAAUCCCCACGAAAAGAAAACAACGCUAAUAUAUACCUGCGAUUAUCUGCUGAGAUAAUGUAACACAUCAAGGUCGUAUCCAAAAGAGGAACCUCCGCACUUGCACCAUUUAUAUAUGCACUGGGUCUUGUGUGACGAUUGCUCUUUGCUAGUUGGCUAACACUACCCGAAGCUAAUAGCCCAGCAAAGCCCCACUUUCCUCGGUGUAAGUGACCCAUCCCGGUAUCUUCACGCUUUUGUCACUGUUGCGGCCAAACACAAUUUUCGACAUUCGGUCUGAAGAAGGAAAAAAUGGGGGCAUUUCUGGACAAACCAAAGAUGGAAAAGUACAAUUCCCAUGGUGAGGGUAACAGCCUGCAGUACGGGCUGAGCAGUAUGCAGGGCUGGCGGGUAGAGAUGGAAGACGCGCACACAGCAGUGAUUGGCCUGCCUCAUGGUCUUGACCUCUGGUCAUUCUUUGCUGUAUAUGAUGGCCAUGCUGGCUCUCAGGUGGCCAAGUACUGUUGUGAGCACCUGUUGGAAUACAUCACCAGCAAUUCAGACUUCCAAAGUGCUCUGCAGGAGGAUCCAUCGGUGGAAAGUGUGAAAAACGGCAUCCGCACAGGUUUUCUUGAGAUUGAUGAUCACAUGCGAACCAUCUUGGAGAAGAAGCAUGGUGUGGAUCGCAGUGGCUCCACUGCGGUGGGAGUGAUGGUUUCACCCAGCCAUGUCUACUUUAUUAACUGUGGGGAUUCACGGGGACUCCUGAGCAGGGGGGGAGCCGUGCAUUUCUUCACGCAGGAUCACAAACCCAACAACCCGCUGGAGAAAGAAAGGAUCCUGAAUGCUGGUGGCUCAGUCAUGAUCCAGCGAGUUAAUGGCUCCCUGGCCGUGUCUCGGGCCUUAGGAGAUUUCGACUACAAGUGUGUGCAUGGGAAAGGCCCCACAGAGCAACUAGUCUCUCCAGAGCCUGAAGUUUAUGCAAUAGAAAGAUGUGAAGCUGAAGAUGAAUUUAUUAUUCUAGCUUGUGAUGGCAUCUGGGAUGUCAUGGCCAAUGAAGAACUGUGUGACUUUGUCAGGUCAAGGCUAGAAGUCACAGAUGAUCUUGAAAGAGUCAGCAAUGAAAUUGUUGACACUUGUUUGUAUAAGGGAAGUCGGGACAAUAUGAGCGUUGUUUUAAUCUGUUUUCCUGGAGCGCCAAAGGUAUCCCCAGAAGCAGUUAAACGGGAGGCUGAGCUGGAUAAGUAUCUGGAAUCAAGAGUAGAAGACAUCCUCAAGAAGCAGGGGGAUGAAGGAGCACCAGAUUUGGUCCACGUCAUGAGGACAUUAGCAUCAGAAAGCAUCCCCAACCUUCCCCCUGGAGGAGAGCUUGCAAGCAAACGAAGUGUUAUUGAAACGGUGUACAACAAACUCAACCCUUAUCGAAGCGAUGACACAAGUUCCACCAUCAGACACUAUGGAGUCAUCAGCUGUUGAUCACCAGCCUUCUGUCAGGCCAAAGAGAGACAUUCGACUAUCACAGCAUUUGGCCCCUUACGAUGUCACUCUCCCCUCUCAACUGCCUGCUGCCCAAAUCUCCUCACUACCAGUAGGACAUCACGAUGAGGCAAGGCCAACCAGACUUAGGAGUGCGUCUGGGUACCAGUCAUCUGCUUCAUCACGUCGAUCCUCUCGGCGAUCGCAUGGGCUUCAACUGCUCCAAAAUAUUCCUGAUGUUCAAACCGCUGCCCUAAAGGAGCGAAUUAAAUGUUUUGAGCUUGCUGACCUACAGCAAUAGAGAAAGAAACGUAAGCUGACUUGGAGGCGAAGAGAUUGGAUGAACAACCUAAAGAAUGACAGACUACAAGAAGAUGCUCACCUUGCCAAGGAGAGUAUGGCAAGGGAAAUGGAAUGGAACGGCACAGACGCUUAAAGAAACCGGAGAAAGACUUACACAUUGCCCAUAUUGUCAAGUCUUUCCUGUCUGAGUCUGAAGACGAUGCAAUGUCAACAACGUCAGCUCCGCCCUCUGCCGACAUGCUUCAACUCCCAUCGACGGCUCAUAUGAAACCUGCUACCGUUAUACCAAUGACACAGCCAUUGACAAUGAUUUCCAUUCCUGUCCAAGGUGCAUAAACUUGUGCCCCCGACUUUAGUAGCCCCCACUACAGCUCCUGUCUCUGUCACCUUGCCUGCAUCUGUGUCUUUCACAAGUCAAACAAAGCCAGUCUUUCCCACAUUUAAUUAUGCAUCAACCAUGACACAUGCAACCGCAGUGCCACAAAUCAUGCAAACUGCUGUACCACAACCACCAGUUCCAGCUGGUGCACCUCCUUUUGCUGGGCAAUAUGUUCAAUACACCUUACCAUCUGCUACUCCAGCUCCGGCAGCACCACCCUGGUCCUACCCAUGCAUCGAGAUGCUGAUUGCUACAUCCUUUGGCAUUGCUAAACCAGUACUUCCAAGGUUUGAGAGUGGCUAGGAAAGUGAUUUUCCUCUACACAUAUCCAGUUGCGGCCCUCCAAAAACUCUAAGAGCACCUCAAAGACCUUCCUUUGCUGCCUAUCCAUCGAGCGCAACUGCUACUCCUCAUAGGUUCUGAUAUGUCUCUCAGCUUGUUGCUCUUACAAAGCCGGUGCGAGCAGGCCCAUCCGGGGUCCCCAUUGCAGUCUGUACUGACCUAGGCUGGUCUCUACAAGGUCCGUCUGUGAUCUCCGUAUCUUCCCAUCAGCCUUCCUGUGUGCACGUUACCACUGAAUCCCCAUAUACUGAACCGUAACCGGAUGCCACAGAGCUGAGGAAAUCCGCCUUCGUUGGAACUAUUUCCUGUGCUACAUUAACUCAGCUUACUGAUUUCAGUAAGUUUUCCACAUGGAAACGGCUUCUACAAGAGACAGCUAGCUCCCUUAAUGGGGCGGCUGAUGCCGGUGCUUCAUCCCCACCUUCCGCCGUGGAUUUUCUGCAAGCCGAAAAGCUUAUAUUGCAAAGGGUUCAAGGAGAUUGUUUUCCAGAAGAGUUGAGAGCGCUCAAGGCUGGACGGUCACUGCCUUCAGACAGUCGACUUGCAUCACUUUCACCAGAAUACGAAGGAGCCACCGGAUUACUCAAAUAGCCCUUUGAACUCCUCAUGGACAAUGGUACCAGGUUUGUUGGUGGAGAACGUGAAUUACGUGAAGCAGUUGCUUCAAUGGAACCACAGUUGAGAGAGCAACUUGAAGAGCACCAGAUUUCUUUCCUAUUCUAUCUUCCAAGCGCACCACAUUUUGGAGGCACAUGGGACAGAUAGGUAAAAUCCAUUGACAGCACUCAGAGUUGUUCUCAAAGACUAAACAGUCCCUGAACAAGUAAACCUGACAACAUUGAUAGAGGUUGAGAGCAUACUGAAUGCUAAACCUCUCGGUUACCUGUCUUCGGACGCCUCAGACCCAGACCCAGUCACGCCCAAACUCCUUCUUAUGGGCCGUCACCAUUCAUCUCCACCUCAAGCAAUCUACGAUUCCUGUGGUCUCGGAAAAAGACGUUGGAGGCACAGCCAAGUCCUAGCAGAUCACUUCUGGUCAUCUUUCAUCCAGCAUUACCUGCCAGGGCUUCAAGAACGUAACAAGUGGAGGAACGAUUUCAAGACCCUUUUGGCUGGUCGAGUAGUCUUGAUAGUGGACCUUCAACUCCCCUGAGGAUUGUGGCCUGUAGGACGGAUCACUCAGCCACAUCCAGGAGCAGAUGGACGGGUCCGGACUGCCAGAGUUCAAGUGAAGAAUCGUACCUACCUUCGCCCAGUUGCCCGACUGAUCAUGCUUCCACCUCUUGAUGACGAGGACAUUACCUCAUAGACUUUCUUCUGGUUUCAACUGCCAUAUGGACAGUUGGGGGCAUCUGUGUACGUAAGCCUAUUGUGUGCUAUUAACCAGUUCUGUAAUCUUCCUGUGCCUUUAAGCUGAUAAAUCAAUCUGUGACGUCAUUUCCCUUUUAAAGCACAUCUUUGUCAGAAUAGCUGGUUUCGAUCAAUAGUGGCAGCCAGCCUUGUGUGCGAGGAAGACUAAAACAAUAAAGAUGAUUAAAGGAU